GUCUGGGCCGGCACCCGAGGCCCGUGGCCACCUCUGCCCGUGCCAAGCGGAUGGGUAGCGCUCCAGCCCGGCCUCUCACAUCCCGCCGGAGACCUGCAGCCGCCCCCAGCGCCCGCGCUUGAAGCCGCCAGGGCAGAACCCCCAAACCAAGGCRCACUCGUCCCUCCUGUGGCACCCCCCGGGGCUGAACCGACGAGCGGGCACCAUGGAUGAGAGCUUCCGAGACCGGACGGCCUUCAUCCGCGGCGCGAAGGACAUCGCCAAGGAGGUGAAGAAGCAUGCGGCCAAGAAGGUGAGCAAGGGCAUGGACCGCAUGCAGGACGAGUACACCAAGCGCUCCUACUCGCGCUUCGAGGAGGAGGACGACGACGAAGACUACGCGCCGCAGGACGGCUACUACCGGGGCGGCGAGGCGGCCAACGAGGAGGAAGGCGCUUCCAGUGAUGCCACCGAGGGCCACGACGAGGAGGACGAGAUCUACGAGGGCGAGUACCAGGGCAUCCCGCGCAACGAGUCGCUGAAGGCCGGCGAGCGCCUGGGCAGCGAGGCGGCAGCCGGYGGAGCCUUCGGCGCCUUCGACGAUGCCGAGGGCCAGCGGCGGAAGGACAAGGAGGAGCUGGCGCAGCAGUACGAGCUCAUCCUGCAGGAGUGCGGCCACGGCCGCUUCCAGUGGACCCUCUACUUCGUCCUGGGACUGGCCCUCAUGGCCGACGGCGUCGAGGUCUUCGUGGUGGGCUUCGUGCUGCCCAGUGCCGAGAAGGACAUGUGCCUCUCCGACUCCAACAAGGGGAUGCUGGGGCUCAUCGUGUACCUGGGCAUGAUGGUGGGCGCCUUCCUGUGGGGCGGCCUGGCCGACCGGCUGGGGCGACGGCAGUGCCUGCUCAUCUCCCUCUCCGUCAACAGCGUCUUCGCCUUCUUCUCCUCCUUCGUCCAGGGCUACGGCACCUUCCUCUUCUGCAGGCUGCUCUCGGGUGUGGGCAUUGGCGGCUCCAUCCCCAUUGUCUUCUCCUACUUCUCCGAGUUCCUGGCGCAGGAGAAGCGCGGGGAGCACCUGAGCUGGCUCUGCAUGUUCUGGAUGAUUGGUGGCAUCUACGCGUCCGCCAUGGCCUGGGCCAUCAUCCCCCACUACGGUUGGAGCUUCCAGAUGGGCUCUGCGUACCAGUUCCACAGCUGGCGCGUCUUCGUGCUGGUGUGCGCCUUCCCCUCGGUGUUCGCCAUCGGGGCGCUCACCACGAUGCCCGAGAGCCCCCGCUUCUUCCUGGAGAACGGCAAGCACGACGAGGCCUGGAUGGUGCUCAAGCAGGUCCACGACACCAACAUGAGGGCCAAGGGCCACCCCGAGAGGGUCUUUUCGGUGACCCACAUCAAGACCAUCAAGCGGGAGGAUGAGCUCAUCGAGAUCCAGGCGGACACGGGCACGUGGUACCGCCGCUGGCUGGUGCGCUUCCUCAACCUGUCGCAGCAGGUGUGGAGCAACUUCCAGCAGUGCUUYGCGCCCGAGUACCGCCGCGUGACGCUCAUGAUGAUGGCCGUGUGGUUCACCAUGUCCUUCAGUUACUACGGGCUCACGGUUUGGUUCCCGGACAUGAUCAAGCACCUGCAGAGCAUCGAGUACGCGUCRCGCACCAAGCUCUUCACGCGCGAGAAGGUCCGGCACUUCACCUUCAACUUCACCCUGGAGAACCAGAUCCACCAGAACGGCGAGUACUUCAACGACAAGUUCAUCGGCCUCAAGAUGAAGUCGGUGAUCUUUGAGGACUCGCUCUUUGAGGAGUGCUACUUCGAGGACAUCACCUCAAGCAACACCUUCUUCAAGAACUGCACCUUCAUCUCCACCGUCUUCUACAACACAGAUCUCUUCGAGUACAAGUUCAUCGAGAGCCGGGUGCUCAACAGCACCUUCCUGCACAACAAGGAGGGCUGCCAGCUGGACUUCAGUGACGACAACAACGCCUACAUGAUCUACUUCGUGAGCUUCCUGGGCACCCUGGCCGUGCUGCCGGGCAACAUCGUCUCGGCCCUGCUCAUGGACAAGAUCGGCCGCCUCCGCAUGCUGGCCGGCUCCAGCGUCAUGUCCUGCGUGAGCUGCUUCUUCCUCUCCUUCGGCAACAGCGAGUCAGCCAUGAUCGCCCUGCUCUGCCUCUUCGGCGGCGUCAGCAUUGCCUCCUGGAACGCCCUCGACGUGCUCACCGUGGAGCUCUACCCCUCCGACAAGCGGACGACGGCGUUCGGCUUCCUCAACGCGCUCUGCAAGCUGGCGGCCGUGCUGGGCAUCAGCAUCUUCACGUCCUUCGUGGGCAUCACCAAGGCGGUGCCCAUCCUGCUGGCCUCGGCCGCGCUCGCCCUCGGCAGCUCCCUCGCCUUGAAACUGCCCGAGACGCGGGGCCAAGUGCUGCAGUGAGGGGCACGGGGGGGGGACCCCCCGGCCUCUCCCCGCUCGUCUCCCCCUUCCCCCGGGCAAGGGAGGGGGAUUAGUCUCGUUUAGACACUGUGAACCGUCUUCUUGGAGCAUUUGGGAUAUAUAUAUACAUAUAUAUUUUUAUUUUAUUUUGUUUUUCCUUUGGUUUGCACUUCCCCCCCACCCUCGCCUUCCCUUUGCCUCCCUCCCUCCCCGUUUCUUUUCUCGGUGUCAUCGCGUAUCAGAGUAUCUGCUCGCUCGGUGAGGGGGACGCGGCGAGGAGGAUGAGGAGGAGGAGGAAGGGUCUGGCCCCAGUGCAGGGUGAUGUGGGAGCAGGUGGGAGCAGGGCCAGUGCUUUGGGGGGGCGCUCAAAGUGAGCUCUGUGUUAGAGCUGCCCCUGCAGCCAGGAGAAGCAGGGGUGGCCCCUCAGCAUG